UUCCGGAAGCUCAGCUCAAAAUGCUGAACUGCUCCUGGGAAGGGGCUGGUGCUGUGGUGGUUGGAGUCUGUUCUCGGGCCUGAGCCUCGAGGCCAGGCUCCUGGGUGUCGUUAAUGUUCGGGGCCGCCGGGCGCCAACCGAUCGGAGCUCCAGCCGCCGGGAACAGCUGGCAUUUCAGUCGAACCAUGGAAGAGCUGGUUCAUGAUCUUGUCUCAGCAUUGGAGGAGAGCUCAGAGCAAGCGCGAGGUGGUUUCGCUGAAACGGGAGAUCAUUCUCGAAGCCUGUCUUGCCCUCUGAAACGCCAGGCAAGGAAACGGAGAGGGAGGAAACGGAGGUCCUAUAAUGCCCAUCACCCCUGGGAGACCGGACACUGCUUAAGCGAAGGCUCCGACUCUAGUUUGGAAGAAGCAAGCAGGGACUAUAGAGAGAAUCACAGCAAUAAUAAAAAAGAUCACAGUGACUCUGACGACCAGAUGUUGGUGGCAAAGCGCAGGCCAUCCUCCAACUUAAAUAAUAACGUCCGAGGGAAGAGACCUCUGUGGCACGAGUCCGACUUUGCCGUGGACAGCCUCGGCAACCGGACGCUGCGCCGGCGCAGGAAGGUGAAGCGCAUGGCGGUGGACCUCCCGCAGGACAGUGCCAGCAAACGGCCCAUGAGCCAGCCCCCCGAAGGCUGCAGGGACCAGGACGUGGACAAUGAUAACAGAGCGUACCAAUAUCAAGAGUUCACCAAGAACAAAGUCAAAAAAAGGAGGCUGAAAAUAGUGAGGCAAGGACCAAAAACCCAAGACGAAGGAGUAGUUUUAGAAAGCGAGGAAAUAAGCCAGACCAACAAGGACAAAAUGGACUACGAAGAGCAGAAAGUCUCAGAUGAACUCAUGAGUGAAAGUGAUUCCAGUAGUCUCAGCAGCACUGAUGCUGGUUUGUUUACCAAUGAUGAGGGAAGACAAGGUGAUGAUGAGCAGAGCGACUGGUUUUACGAAAAGGAAUCGGGUGGAGCGUGUGGCAUCACUGGAGUCAUUCCGUGGUGGGAAAAGGAAGACCCAACCGAGCUAGACAAAAAUCUACCCGAUCCUGUCUUUGAAAGUAUCCUAACUGGUUCUUUCCCACUUAUGUCCCAUCCGGGAAGAAGAGGUUUCCAAGCUAGACUCAGUUGCCUUCAUGGAAUGCCUUCCAAGAAUAUUAAAAAAUCCGGAGGGACCCCAACUUCAAUGGUGACCACUCCCGGCCCAGUCAGUAACAAGAGAAUGGUUCACUUUUCCCCAGAUUCUCAUCCCCACGACCAUUGGUUUAGCCCUGGGGCUAGGACAGAACAUGGCCAGCAUCAGCUUCUGAGAGAUACCCGCGCUGAAAGAGGACACAAGAAAAACUGUUCUGUGAAAACAGCCAGCAGGCAAACAAGCCUGCAUUUAGGAUCCCUAUGCACGGGAGAUAUCAAACGGAGAAGAAAGGCUGCACCUCUGCCUGGACCUACCAUCGCAGGAAUUGUAGGAGAAAAUGCCCAGCCGAUCUUGGACAACAACAUUGGAAACCGAAUGCUCCAGAAUAUGGGCUGGACACCUGGGUCGGGCCUCGGACGGGACGGCAAGGGGAUCGCGGAGCCGAUUCAAGCCAUGCAGAGGCCCAAAGGAUUAGGACUUGGAUUUCCUCUACCCAAGACCACCCCUGCAACCACUGCCUCCAACUCCGGAAAAGCCAGCUAAGAAGAAAGGCAGAGAGGAGGUGUUUGACGCGUUGUAUCCGCGAUCUCUGUGCCCAUUGUUCUAAAAUGACAACAGAGCUUCUGCUUUUGAAGCGGAAAUCUCACAUCAAAGCCUCAAACUUCUCCCUCUAGCUUCCUAACUGCACGCAGUUCCGCCACAGUGAGAGAAGUGGCAUUUCAUCACAACUCAUGGUGCUAAAACCUUCACGUUUUAAGAAUUUCCAGCCAUUUGCAGCUCUUUCUAGGUAGGAAAGAACAGCACAUCUAACUUAUUUUGAUCGCCUAGGUCAGUAACGUCUAAUGCUUUAGCCUGAUUCAUCCGUGUGUGUGCCCGCUGAAGCCAUGCAACUGUGAGCAUGCCCACGGGUUUCUAAACCGGGCUCGGCUGGAAAGGAUUCUGUUUCACAUUCCCCCUAGCCCUCGUGAUUGAAAACACCCCUCAUCACACCAACCAAGUCCUAAGCACAUCUUAGCUUGAAAGGCUGGCCAGUUUCCUCUUCCCGGAAUGUGGCUUUUUCGGUGAUACCCUUUAAUCCUCUGUCCUUGGACAGUGUAGGAUGAAGUUCAGAGUUGACAAGCAGCAGUUGCUAUUCCCGUCUGACGUUGUGACAAAAAUAAACCCCAUCGUUGUUAUCACCAGAGUGCCCUCAACAUCACUUGAAUGCAGAUUUUAUAACUUUUACCUCAUGUCGAACAUAAAAUAAGUAUGGAAAGAAAAACGUAUUUUUUAAAUUCACCAUGACUGCACUGUAAAUCCUAUUAAUCUAGACGGACUUCUACCUCUCUCUUCCCAAAGGGUGAUAUUUUUUUAAGACCAGCUCAACUGUAGUAAAACCUGACUUGACGGUGUAACCAUCAGAGUCAGUUAGAAUAUUGAAUCAAUUUAUUUGAAGAUUUAAAUGGCUCUCCCAAGAAUUGAGAUUUCUGACAAUGAUCCAGCCCAUUUACAAUGUGCACACACACACACACACAGAAUAGUACUGAUUUGCUCUUCCCAACAGCUAAGCGGUUAUUUUAAAACCAAGCCAUUUUUAAUCAUGUGCCGAGUAUUGUUCUAUCUUGAAUCAUCUGUUUCAUGAUGUGCGAGAUUCUCGAUUGCUCUUAGUUUAGAGGUGGAUCAGUUAUCAUCUUCGUUAAGGACUAAAAAUAAUAACAAUAGUCUCUUUGGAAUGGCCUUUAUUGGUUGAGUGAAGGCCAAGACAACACAUCUGAGUCACCUUUCUAAUUUUUGUUUAAGCUUUGUUUUUCUAGAGCAGUUUCAGCCUCACAGCAAAAUUAAGGGGAAAGCACAGCAAUUUCCCAUACACUCCCUGCCCGACGCAUGCACAGCCUCCCCCGCUCCAGAACGGUGCCUCUGCUACAAGUGAUGAACCUACAGUGACACAUCAUCAAUCGCCCAGACUCCCCAGUUUACACUACAGUUCCCCCUUAGUCUUGAACAUUCUGGGUUUGGUCAAACAUAGAGUGACCUGUGUGCACCACGCUAGUACCGUGCAGAGUAGUCUUACUGUGAUAAAAGUUCUCUCUGCGUCUCUCCAAAGGUUUUUGAAAAUCUGUAAAUCCCCAGGAGUUCUUUUUCAAAGGGGGGGAGAGGAGGUUUGUGCAUAUGUCAUAGACCUGCCCCUUGGUCCCCUAAAGUAAACGCUGCCAGCUGGGGAGAGGACGGUCAGCCUGCUGUUUGGAUGGCGUCAUGGCUGGCCAAGUGACUCGUUCCUUGUAAGCAUUAUCCUCUUUCCUGGGGGUGCUGGGGUUAGAGGACAGGUUGAUUAGGGACCAGGGACGACCAAAGGAGAGGACUUUUCGGAGCCUUCUUACUGGAUAACGUAACCCUGUGGUAAUCAUGCCACGGACAAGGUCAUUACCUAAAAACGUGCCGUUUUUUUAAACAUGAUUUUUGUUAAAUACUCGUUCUAUCUAUGUAAGGUGUAAAAGUUGGGGGAGAUUGUCUGUAUUCUGAUUGAAAAUGUUUUGGUGGUAGUAAGCAGCACGCUAGGGUCUGUUCCGACGUGUGUGUGUGUAUGUGUUUAAUUCCAUUGCCUAGAAGUGUUCUGAGGUCCUAGAAUUUUGAAAAGCCACAUUUGGAGCCACUGGUAACCCAAUAGGGCAUCGUGAGACUGACCCCAAACUCCCCAAGGAUUGUCCUUUCUCUCUCACUGCACCAUGUUCGAACGUCCCAAUGGGGAAGAGCAGAACACACACCGGCUGGCAAGGGGGAGCUCCCCAACCCAGGCCUGCAGCUUUAUGAGUGCUUUUUCUUGUCCUCUUGGACCGGCCCUAAUCUUCUGAAGCAAACCCUCUAAGACACCCACGGAGCUGGGGUGUUUCGAACUCCCCCCUCCCCCCCAAAGGACUUCAGCUUUACAUCUUCCCCUCAGAGAACACAGGUCUCAGUCUUGACAUCGAGGGCCCUCUCCUAGGAUGUGAGACACUUCCGAUUCUCUGGACGUGUUUAACUAUACAGAAUACAUGCAUCCGUGGUGGAAGCGGGGAAGUGACAACAUCCCAGGCUUUCUUCCUCCCACCCCCAUCCCCCGCUCCCACCCAGACCUGCACCAGGAGCGCAUCCAUCCCUUCACCUUUCGUCCUUAAGAAAACUCAGUGCACCCCUGAAGUUCUGCUUGGAUGGACCUGAACUUGAAGGAAUAAAUACAACUGAAAAAUGGAAGUUUUAAUAUACGUCAGAUAUCUCUUACGAUAUGAGAUAAACGAAUUUAUGUUUUCUAGAUAGUUACACUUAACUUUUACCAGGGACUCUGCCCAUAGAACCCAAAGCAUUCAAAGGAACUCCAGCUUUAGCAUGUAUCCAUCCUAUCUCCUUAUAAGGUGGUUAGAUUUUUCUCCUCUUCCAAAAGCCAGUUCUGUUCUGCAGUCUCCAAAGCCUCAUAUCAAAUUAAUUGCUUGUGCUAGAAAGCUUAGAGAGGGCAUCGGUCUCUUCCUCACCAUCCAAAUCGCCCAUGGCCCAGCAGUAGCCGAGAGAGGCUGAGCGUGACGCUACAAGCUACCCACGUGCUUUGUCUUUAUAUCCGUGUUAGGCUUGAUACUGACCCGACUGUACGGAGUCCCUUCCUUCCACCCUCCCUCCCUCCCUUCCUUCUCCCCAAAGACAAUUUUAAAGCUAUGUUCCCCUUCAAAUUUCUUUGCUUUUAUUUUUAAAAUAUAUGGCACUCUUUUAAAAGAAAAUCUGCCGCUAACGAAAAUUUACCAACGAACUGGUCUCGGCAUUUGAAAACACAGAUUUUUAUAACUCAUACUGUUGCUAUCAAACAGAAGUUAAGACAGUAGGGUUAAAUAUAUCCCCAAUAUAUACAUAUAGGUGUGUUUACAGGGCACGUAUGUGUGCAAUGUACAGACAGGAUUGCAAAAUAGUUGCAUUUUAUUAAUAUUUUAACAUUGUGAAUUGAUAUUCUUGCAGUUAAUUGAACUGGCAAUUGCUUCUCCAAUAUAUGUUCAUUUUGAGCUGAUAUUUCAUGAAGGAGAAAAAUCACUGUUGACAUGCUUUUUAAAACCAUUUCCUCCUAUACUCUGUCUGUCUUUAAAAAGUGAUCUAACUUGGAACUGUAAAAUGAGGCUGUCUGGCAAAGAGUAUUUUGGAUUUUUUUCUUUUGGUAGAGAGGUGUAUUAAUAAUGCAACAAAGAAUGAAAGAAUAAACAAUGUUUAAGAAUAUUA